AUGGAAUACUCUAAAUUAGCUGAAAAUGAUCCACUCUAAAGUUCUGAGAAUGAGUCAAAUGCAAAUUUGAACCAGCCUUUCAAAUAGAAUAUGUAAAUAAAUACAACUAUUUACGAUUAUCAUAGUUUUAACUAAAAAACUGCGAAUCAAAACGAGGAGGAAAAAAAAUCUGCACCGUCAUCAGGGGCAAAUAAAGACCACGCGUCUGCUGGAUCUGCUGGAGGGGCAAAAUUUGAAUGCAAUAUAUGUUUAGACAUUGCUAAUGAACCAGUUGUUAGCACUUGUGGGCAUCUAUAUUGCUGGGUAUGCAUAUUCCAAUGGAUAAAUCAGCCGAAGGAGACCUUGCUCUGUCCUGUAUGUAAAAGUGGUAUAUCAAAAGAAACUCUAAUACCCAUUUAUACUAAAGGAUCAUAAGAGGACCCAAGGACUAAGGCAGGCUAGGAAGUUCCUAAGAGACCAGCUGGUCAACGUUAAGGUCCUGUACCCAAUCAAAAUUUCAAUCAAGGUGGGGGUUUGUUUGGAAAUAAUCAUUCAGGAAGUGGUUUCGUGAUGGGACUUGGAAUAUUCCCUGCGCUUUUCACUUUAAAUUUCAAUUGGGAUGAUAUUUUCGGAUAAAAUAAUCUGGGUAGAGGGAAUGGUGCAAAUGCAGCUAACAAUGAGGAGACAAGAGAGUAACAGCUAUAGAGACUAUUACUAAUCUUUAUGUUCUUCAUGUUUAUGAGCUUUGUUUUUUUCGGAGGUGAUGUCUUUCUCACCUUUUGA